UUAUAUUAUAAUUUCAAAUAUAUAAUGAAGAAUAAUGUAAUAUAAAAUAUUUUAAUCUGUGGUAAAUUAAAGGAAUGAGCGAAGUAUACUCACUGGAGCCUUCCUGUAAGGGUAGAGUUGUGCUUAACACAUCUUUGGGCGAUUUGGAUAUACACCUUUGGAGUUCACACUGUCCAAAGGCUUGCAGGAAUUUCAUUCAACUAUGUCUGGAAGGCUAUUACAACAACUGUAUUUUCCACAGAGUUAUUCCCAAUUUCAUGGUUCAAACCGGUGAUCCUUCCGGUACAGGAAAUGGAGGUGAAAGUGUUUAUGGAGAACCCUUUGAAAAUGAAAUUGUUUCAAGACUCAAAUUCAGAAACAGAGGAAUGGUGGCUAUGGCGAAUACGGGUGGAAAAUGCUCUAAUAUGAGCCAAUUCUUUAUAACGCUAGAUAGGUCAGAUUUCCUAAAUGGAAAGUACACAUUGUUUGGAAAAGUUGAAGGUAACUCAAUUUACAAUUUAUUAAAAAUUGGCAAGUGUGAAGUUGAUAAAAACGAUAGACCAUUUGAUCCUCCUAAAAUCAUCAGCUGUCAUGUGGUUGAUAAUCCUUUCGAUGAUAUUGUGCCGAGGCUACUACAGCUAUCUGAAUCUGAGCCUGAGGAACAGGAAGAAGAAGUUACAACAACUCAAACCAAGGAUAAAAGGUUAUUAUCAUUUUUGGACUCUGAUGAGGAGGAGGAUAAUGCUGUAAAAAUCAAAAGUGCUCACGAUAUGUUACAAGAUAAAAGUCUCUCAAAAGCUUCAGUUCAGAUUAAAGAAACACCUAAACCUGAUGAACCAAGUCCAGUGGACGACGAGGAAGUAGAAGAUGAUGACCAACUCUAUGAAGAAGAAGAUGAUGACCAAGUCUAUCAAGAAGAAGAUGAACUGAGAAAAAAGGAAAUAAAUGAAUUGGAAAAGAAGUUAAGAGAGAAUACAGACGAUUUAUAUAAUCCAAGGAAGAAAAAGAAACCUAAACAUGAUCCAAAAAAGACCCUCGAAAGAUUAGCUUUGUUUACUAAAAGGCUUGGCGAAAUUGAUAAAAACGAACAACUGGCAAAUAAACAGCCUGAAACGGAUCAAGAUAUGAGUGACGGUUCUUGGUUUGCUGGUACUAAGUUACAGUUUUCUGUUGAUUCUAACAGGGCUUACGCCUACGAUGCUGGGAGAGAUACGCUUGAUGUGUAUGAUCCUCUAAAGGGGAAGGAUAAUAAACUCAACUCAGUUAAAAAUAUACACAAAAAUCGCAAUGAUGGUGUUGAGAAGAGGUGGUGA